GCUGCCAUGGCGGCAGAUCAGCGCAAAAGCUUCUGCUCCUCUUCCUCCUCUGCAAUGGCGGCUCCAGCACCGAGGCACUUCGGCGGUAGCCCCGUGGGAAAGUAACGGUAGCAACGAAACCGCGCGUCUGCCAACGGCAAGGGCUCUAUCGGCGAGCAGGGAAGAAGCGCCAUUGCGGAUCACGAAGCAGCCUCACCCUCACAUCUCGCGCAACGCAAUCUCGCGUUAUAAACCCUAGUUUGAAACUGAUCCCCCUCGCAUCCGCUCCAACCUCGUGAAUCGCCCCAUCUUCCAACCUCGAUCUCCUCAUGAAUCGGGCUCUCAGCUCAGAUGUAAGCGUAUAACCCCAAAUUGGUGCACCAGUCUCGUGUCACUCAGGCAUUUCAUCCUCGUGAGAUCUGACGAUACUUCGCUUGCCGUGAUCCACACUGCUGCUAUAAAGCUCGAUUCUGGAGUUGUUUCAGAUCCGAGGGAUCAAAAUUGAGCUGGGUUGAGCACUGUGGAACUCCUUGCAGCGUCGAAUAUUGCCGGAAAUGGAGAAAUCGGAUGCUUCAGUGCAGAACUUCGAGGUCGAGUCGACGAAUCACCACGAGUUCCAUCGCAUGAAUGCCCUGGAGAUUCUGAGAGAAACUGUUCGGAUUCUUCGGUACAACCUCUCGAGUUUCAUGGCGAUUGCUGCAUUCCUCAUUUGUCCUGUUUGUGCUGUAUUACUAUCCAAUUUGUUUGUCGAUCAGACCUUACUGAAGAGAUUGAGUGUUAGGCUGAUGUUGCUUGCGAGGUCGAGCGGCCUCCCACUGAGGCCUUUCAUCAAACAAUCGUGCCAGAAAUUCUCCGAAACGGCCAUUUCUUCGGCCGUGUGCUUCCCUCUGUAUGCCACCUUGUUGCUGUUGUCAAAGGCUGCUGUUGUUUACUCUGUAGACUGUACUUAUUCGAGGAAGAAGGUCGACUCCUCGAAAUUUUAUGUGAUAGCAUUGAAGAUAUGGAGGCGGGUUCUAUCGACUUAUCUGUGGGUCUGUAUGGUUAUUGUCGGUUGCCUCACGUUGUUCCUGGUCUUUCUUGUUGCUGUCUCGAGUACAUUCUCCAUUCUCGGGUUCUCGGAUGAUUUCAUCGUUUAUAUGGCGAUCUUUGAGGGGUUGGUUUUCUCGGUUGUUUUUGCGAAUGCCGUGAUUAUCUGCAACGUUGCUGUCGUAAUAUCUGUGUUGGAGGAUGUCUCGGGACCGCAGGCUCUGCUUCGGUCGAGUGUCCUGAUUAAGGGGCAGACCCAAGUGGGUCUGCUGAUAUUCCUCGGAUCAACAAUCGGGAUGGCAUUCAUCGAGGGACUGUUCGAGCACAGGGUGAAGACCUUGAGCUAUGGAGAUGGGUCUUCAAGGAUUUGGGAGGGCCCCCUCCUCGUGGUCAUGUACUCGUUCGUCGUGCUCAUCGAUUUCAUGAUGAGUGCUGUGUUCUACUUCAGCUGCAAAUCUUACAGUAUGGAAGCCUCGGGCGGUGAGCUUCACUCGAUUUUGGAAAACAUGGUGGUCGCCGACGAAGCAAUCCUGCUUCAAUCACAGCCCGAGGAGUCGAUGCACCAACAAUAGAUGUAUCAUCGUUUUUUCAGUGGCGACCCGAAGAUGAGAUUCGGCAGCACAGAGGAGGAUUUGAAAGAACGUACAUUCCUCUCCUCCUACAAAUGUUGAAGUCCCUUUGCUGUGACAUAAGAAGACGGGGGCCUUAUAGUUGAGUUAAAUUACUUGUAACUGAUUCUUUGCAAGGGAUUUUCAUCAAUUGAUGGUGCAAUAAUUCUUCGAGUUGUUCAAAGGUUUUGGUUGUGUUGGAAGGACUUCCGAUGAUGUGCGAUAUCACUGUCUAAAUAUUGAAUCUGAGAUUCCGGAGAAUGAUUAUCGAA